UGUAGGGGGGCACGCCGGGCACGUCCGACCUAACACUACUCGCAAAGUGCCUACUCCCAAACCUCCGAAAGUCGCGCGCCUGCUUCGACGUAAUCUACCGCAGAUCCCCCACGGCGGAUCCAGGCCAUUUGCGAGUGCUUGAGUUGCGGAUAGUGGAGCGCGCUCGUCCAGCGGCAGGGGCAGCCCGCACGCGCGCUCGAGCGGUCCAGGGAUUCGGACGACGAGGAGGGCAUCGACUUCGAGCUCGAUGACCCGUUCGACGUACGCGGAGGCGUAGGCGCCGAGGAGCUGCAGCGACUGGCGCGCGAGAUGCAGGCCCAGGGGCCGCGGCGCGCGGGCGGCCAGGCCCACGCGGCCGCCGCGGCCGACACCGACGAGGAGAGCACCAAAGACGCGGGCAGCGGGGACGAAGGCUUCGAUGAGGAGGGCAUCGAGUUCGACAUGGACGAUCCCUUCGAAGUGCGCGGGGGCGACCCCGCUUGCUUGGCGGAACUGCGCCAGCUCGCCGCCGAGCUGCGGCCGCCCUUCGCCUGCAACUCGGCGGCCGCGGCGGACAGGCCGCCGCCCUCCGACGCGGCCACGCCGGCGGCGCCGUCCGGCGCCCCCGCCCGGAGGUUCGGGCCCGCCGAGCGGGGCCGGCGGCAGCUGGAGUUGGAGCUGAAGCCCCUGACGCCCAAGGUCUUGGGGCAGGUGCGCAAGGUGCACGCUUGCGCGGGCGGCAGCGGGGACCUCGGCGACGGCGCGUACGAGGAGGCCAUGGCGGCCUCGGACUACACCCGCGUCGGCUACAGCAGCGGCCUGCUGGUGUGCUGCGUGUGCUGCCGCCUGGAGCCUCGCAGCCACGACGAGGGCGGCAGCAUGGUGCACGUGGAGGCGAUGGACGUCCUGAAGGCGUAUCGGCGCAGACGCAUGGCGACGCAGAUGCUGGAGUGGGUGCUGCAGCAGGCCAGCGGCGCUGGCGUCGCCGAGGUGAACGCGCUCGUGCCGCGCGCCCGGUCGGAGGCCCUCUCGCUGCUCCAGGCCGCUUUCGGCUUCGAGGUAACGCAGGAGGGCGUGCCUCACAGGGGCGAGGAGUGCUUGAGGCUCACCCUCCGCCUGGGGGCGGCCGUCUGAGGAGCCCCAGCCCGGCGCGCCCAUUCGGCGCGGCGGUCGAGCUGUAAGAUCGACGGGGGUCAUUGCAAACAGGGCUCAGCCAGGGCGCCAGAUCUUUUGCAGAGCCGGAGUGCACUGACCUGGGCUAGCGCGCAGGAUCUUGCAGGGUCUUGCAGGAUCCUGCAGAGCCUGACUGACCCAACUUUGCAUCGACCCGGGUCAGUGCGUCCCCGAGGCGGGCUUUCUCGCUCCCGCGCGCCCGCGCGGGAAAAGCG